AUGGAGUUUCCUUCUCUUCCCAAUCUCUUCCUUCUUCUCUCCCUCUCAAUCCUCUUCCUUUCAUCUCUUCACGUUCAAGCUAAAGUUACCUUCAAAUAUUGCGAUAAGAAGGAAGAUUAUCCUGUCAAGGUGACUGGAGUUGAAAUAUUACCAAACCCUGUUGUCAGUGGCAACCCAGCCAACUUUAAGAUCUCAGCUACCUCUGGUAAGGCUCUUUAUGGUGGAGAUGUGGUCAUUGGAGUUUCCUAUGUUGGUGUGCCUGUCCAUUCUGAAACCAUUAAUCUGUGUCAGGAAGUAUCUUGUCCCGUUGCUAGUGGCAAUUUUGUGAUUUCUCACACCCAAACGUUGCCUUCAAUUACUCCACCGGGACCUUAUGCUCUAAAGAUGACACUGAAGGACGACAAGGGCGAUCUGUUAACCUGCAUCAAGUUUAAUUUUAAAAUCGUUUUCGGAUCUGUCGUGUCUGACAUGUGA